AUAAUUUUUAACAUAACAAAAGUAUUUCAUGCAUAUGCACUCUUAUUUAACAAUAAUAUUUAAAAAUAUAAAUAGAAAUUUAUAAAUAAUAAAAAAAGUAAAUAUAUCAGGAACCCUAAACUGCGGUUUAGAAUUAAGGUUUAUGAAAUGUAGGGGAAGAACGAUUCGACGGGCUACGAGAAAAUCGCUCCACGACUGUGUCCAUGAUUCCAUUCCAGCUGAGACACUAGCAAUGGAAUCACACGAUGCAACGUUGCUCCAUCAAAAUUUCGUCUGCUUCGCUCCAACCAACGGGAACCCUAAAUUCCGGUUCAGAUGCGAAAAAUGCGCCAGGAACGUAUGUGGGGGAAGAGACAUUUGCGAUAGGUGGAGUCUAUCUCCCCCGAGGGGGCUUCGAACAAUCAAUGGAUGCAGAAUAUAAUACAUGAGGUGAAAAUCUCUGCUCAUCCUGAUGCUUUUUGGUGCAGUUUUUGCAUAUCUCUAUCUCUGUUCUUCCACAGAUGAUUUAUUUCCUAGUAGUUGAUAAUGCAAGUCGUUUCACGCCAUUGAUGUUGAACAAUUUUGCAAAUGUUACAUUAGAAUGCAGAGCAUGUCAUGUUCGAGGCUUCCAAUGCUGUAAAGCUAUGGCAUCAAAUGUUAAUUUAAGCAGGUGAAGCAUAAGGUACGCCCAUGUUCUUCCAUUGGAAGCUUUUGAGGAAUUAUCAGAUUUCAUGGUUUUUGUUACUAUCUGAACUUUCCAAAGAACGAAAGAAUGUCUCUGUUUCAGUGUCUAAACUGAAUUCAUCUUGAAAAUAAAUGCAACCUUUUUGUAGGGCGAAGUUGAUUCGACAUCUUUAUUUUCUCCAGCACUUCAUUUUUUAUGGCUGAAGUAUCGAUAACCCUUCCAGCCAAGCGCAAGCGUGGCCGUCCUCGUAAGGAUAGCAACAUUUUCAGACAAAGCACUUUACAGUCGCCGGAAAGUGCUAAUCUUUUGAAAACUCAGCAUGCCGAAGUUCGAUAUUCCAACCCUGAUAGUGCUGCAAAAGCACAAGAGCCCGAUUCCAAAGAUGGUAUUGCUGAUGGGCUGGCCGGAAGCAUGAUCUAUGGCGUCAUUGAGGGAUCAUUCGACGCCGGAUACUUUGUGUCUGUGAGAAUUGGCAACAGCAGCACACCUUUCAGGGGAGUGGUAUUUCAGCCUGGAAAGAUUGUUCCUGUUACAGCUGCAAAUGACGUCGCCCCACAAGCUAAGAUGUAUAACAGACGAGACAUACCUGUCCCUGUUUACGACAAUUUCAGUCAGAUCAGUGGCACCAUGAAUUCCCAACACGAGAAAGUUCUUGGGCAGGCUACGGCAGGAUACCCUGCUUUGCCUUCCCUGUCUCCUCCGGUGACUCCAUAUUCAGUGGGGAACCUCUCCAACUUUAUUGCUACCGAACCGAUCAUGUUAAGGACUAAUUCAAGUUCUAAUAUAAGAGGAGGCGAAGGGACUGCCGCGAUUCCAAAAUCUCCACCCACUGGAGUCAGCCAACAGUCUCCAUCUCUUCAUCCUACAAGCAUCGGAAUGUUGGAACAGCACGAUGAAGGUUCCAAGAAAAACAUGGCAGCAGCAGCAGCCAUGGGAGAUAUGGUCUCAGGAUCAACAAGCAGUAGUUUAUCUCAUGCCGAGAAACCCGAAGGUGGUGAAAGAGCUGCAGAGCUAUCGCCAGGACAGGGUUUCUUGGCUCAUAACCGACAGAAUAACAACAAUUCCAAUGUGGAGCUUCACCUCGAUUCAAAUCCUUUCGGUAUUCAGCAAGAUAAGAUUAUUUUCCGCGAAAUGGAUCGGCCAAGAGAGUAUGUUCAUGAUAGACAGCAGCAAACCCCUGCCAUCGAGCUGCAAGAACUUCCUGCAGUUUCUGUUCCCGAUCAAGCUACAAAAACAGAUCUUUAUUUCGGCGGACUUAGAACCAGUGAUGUUAACUUUCCUCAGUAUCUUCUGGCCGAUCAAUCCCAACUGGAGAAAGGCAUAGAUACUACUAAUUUUCAUUCGAGCGAUAUGGUUGCCGUUGGCAAUCCGAGCAGCCCUAACCUUAAAUUAGACCUGUCUUCUUCUAUACAUGAAAAGAAACCAAUACAGCAGCAGCAGAUAAGGCCACAAAGCAGCGAAAGAAAUGAUUUUUUAGCCUUCAAUGGACUGAAGAAUAAUCCGAAUGUCGGGUACCACCAAGCAUUGGUAUCUGGAAAUCCUCUUUUUCUGCCAACAUCUCCGGAUUUCAUCAUGGAUAAAACCAAGUCCUUUUCGGCUCCUCAAGAAACUAACUUGGAGCUUGCUACUCCGCAGUCGAAUCUAAAUGUGAAUGUCGGCGCUGCUCAGGGGAAGCAAACGAGCAUGAGUUCUUAUAUGGAUUUUGUUCUUACGGAUGCUGUCCAGCCUACUGCAGAGCCCCAUGGUCGCUGCGGUGGUGAUAUUUCUUAGGCUGAGUAUCGACGUGGAUGGCCACACGUGUGCCUAGUUUGGUAUUCUUCUUCUUCUCAGCUUUAUUUUCUUGUUUAUGCAGAUUUAGAUUAUUUCACUGCUCUUUUAGCUCAUUUAUGUUUAUGUUUUUACACUAUUUGCAGUUGAGAUCUUAAGUUACUACUUACUAAUAUAGUAUAGAGUUUUGACA